GUGAGCGUAGUACUACCACUCUGACAUAGUUCACGACACUCCACGUGCCAAUUCGCUGCUGCACGUCUACACACAUAAACAACAAUGAAACUGCUGGUCGUAUCUUGUGCUCUGCUGUCCCUUGCGACGGCUCUGCCGCAGAGGAGAGUGUCGCUGAAGCCUGAUCAGCCGGAAGUAGAUGACCAGCAGCCUGCUGAGCAGAACUACAACAACUACCAACAACCACAACCACAACCUGAGUACAGACAAGUCCAGCAGGAGUACAGAGCUAAGCCCAUCGAAGACUUCAGGCCUAAGGUCCAACUGGAAACCACUACUUUUGUCCCCAUCAUCCGCUUCGAUAAGGAGCAAGGCACUGACGGAAGCUACAAGACUGCUUAUGAAACCGGCAACAACAUCCAUGCUUCCGAAGAAGGUUUCUUGAGGGCUCUUGGUGAAGGCCAGAACGCUUUGGUCCAGCAAGGUUCCUACUCCUACACCGCUCCUGACGGUCAGAUCAUCACCGUUGACUACACCGCUGACGAGAACGGAUUCAGAGUCAGUGGUGACCACAUCCCUACCCCUCCUCCUGUCUCCCCCGAAAUCCAGAAAGGUCUGGACUUGAUCUACGCUGGAAUUAAAGCCAAUGCUGAGCGUGCCGCCCUCGAAGCUAAGAACAACCCUGAGGCUGCCAGACAACAGCAAGACAGAGCCGCUCUUGACUACAAAGGCGAGUACUACCAGCAGUAAAGUGAAUUAGUGAUAAGAGUGUAAAUACCGUGAACGUUCUCAUGGCAGGACCUCCAAAUGCCAUAUACUUUAAGACUAGAAUCGCCUAUCACCAUCAUGUCACAUACAACCUUCAAGACUUUGUUAUCCAAUCAUAUAAUAAACGACUCCAUUCUUGGACUAAACGUGACCUAUGAUUGGAUGAUAAAAUUCCCGUAUGCAGUAUUCAUAUGUGGUAAUAGGCUUUAGUUUAGGAUUAACCAAUUGUUAUUUUACAAGAUAAUUAUAAUACUCAAUAUGACGUGUAAUUAAGAUGAAGAUAAGCAAGAUACCUGGUCGAUCCUUUUCAUAAAGAACUCUUGAUUUUUAUAUGAAUAGUGUUUUAUUAGUUUUGAUGGAAGAAAAAGUAUGUAAACGUCUAUUUGACGUAAAAAUCUGAAGCUUAUAUUAAGCUUAGGUCGAGUUUACUUAUAGUACUUCUUAGUUUUAUCAACGCUAAUAAAACAAAGUUUCAUCAUCAACUUUUAUUCAUCACAAACAUCAAGUGCGGGUAAUAUUCACAAUUUUAUGGAACUUACAUUUAUAUAGACUUGAGAAUACUAACAAACCACAGUCCAAUAAAAUCAUGAGUAUUAUCCAAAAAUCAAUUUACUUUGUGAUACAACUCCUUCCUGAAAAGUGUUCAAUAGUUAUAAACUUUUGUAUAUACCUUACCACUGUAAUUAACUUAUCUUUGUAUGUUUGAUUUUAAAUAAAAAUGUUGUAAAAUAA